AUGAUCCGCGACAUUCCGCAACCAAGCGACUACGACGUUUCCACGGUCAAUGGCUUCCUUCCGGCCGAACUUCCGCUUGAGAUUCUUCCCGACACAUACUACGGACGAUGGGAGAACAUCGUAAGAAACCUACAAGCUUUGGUGCUAAGCAAGAGGCUACGCGGGGUAGUGGAUAGCCUUCCGGUGCUGUCCACGGACUACCUGCGGACGGAGGCCGAGUGGCGUAGAGCAUACUUGAUCCUAGCCUUCGUCUCGCACGCAUACAUCUGGGGAGGAGAUGCGCCACUUGAUCGUGUACCGCCAUCGAUCUCGAUACCGUUCCUGGAGACUUGCGCGCAUUUAGAGCUGCCGACAGUAGCGACAUACGCAGGCGUUGUCCUCUGGAAUUGGAAGCCGCUUUUCGAUGGCGAGUCGAUUGACCUCGAGAACCUCUCCACACUCACGACAUUCACGGGAUCGCUCGACGAGUCAUGGUUCUACCUCGUCUCUGUAGCCAUAGAGGCCCGCGCAGCUCCCAGCAUACCAUUAAUGCUCGAAGCCAUCAGGGCAGCCCGCUGCAACGACAGCCGGACCGUGGUCGAAUGUCUCCGCUCCUUCGCCGAGCUGCUCGAUGAGCUAGGCGCUCUCCUCCACCGUAUGUAUGAGAACUGCGAUCCGCAUGUCUUCUACCACCGCAUCCGACCAUUCCUCGCCGGCUCAAAGAACAUGGCCGAAGCCGGCUUACCCAAUGGCGUCGUCUUCGACGACGGCACCGGCACUUCCGACUACGUCCAUUACGCCGGCGGCUCCAACGCCCAAAGCUCCAUCAUCCAGUUCUUCGACCUCGUCCUCGGCAUAGAGCACCGCCCCACCGGCGAGCAGCGUCCGGCCACCACCCCCAACGCACCCGGCAGCGCCCCGCCAGGACCCUCGCACAACUUCAUCAAGGACAUGCGCACCUACAUGCCCGGCCCGCACCGGCGCUUCCUCGAGCAUGUCGCCAGCGUAGCCAACCUGCGCGACUACGUCACCUCACACAAGUCGAACCGCGCACUCACGACCGCCUUCGAUGCCUGCCUGGCCAUGCUGCGCGCCUUCCGCGACAAGCACAUCCAGAUGGUCUCGCGCUACAUCAUCGUCAAGUCUCGCGAAUCGCGGUCGCACUCGCGCUCGCUCUCCCCGCGCGCCGCUCCGCCGUCAACGCCGGCUGCUCCAGCGAGGAUCAACAUCGCGCGGCCCUCCGUUACCGGCAAGAAGGAGGCUAAGAACCUCAGAGGUACGGGCGGCACGGCGCUGAUUCCGUUCUUGAAGCAGGCUAGGGAUGAGACGGGAGAGCCGGCCAUCGAUGCAUGGGCGAGAAGGUUGCUGACGAACGGGCCGGCGGACGCUAGUAGUGGAGCCAGGCUGACCAAGGUGGGAGAGGGGGCGAGUGGCGAGAUGGAGAUUGUGGGGUUGGCGGGGACGUGGAGCGUGGACGAUAGCGAGGGAGGGAUCUGUCAUUGGUAG